AUGAAGGUGUAUCGUGGGCUGGACAUCAUAACCAAUAAGGUGACGGCGGAGGAGCGUGCCCAGUGCAGUCAUCACAUGAUCGGCUUUGUGGAUCCCCUGGUCAGCAGCUACACUGUGGUAGACUUCAGGAACAAGGCCCUGGCUCUCAUAGAGGACGUGUACAGCAGAGAGAAGCUGCCUAUCAUAGUAGGAGGAACUAACUACUACAUAGAAUCACUGCUGUGGAGAGUACUGCUGGAUGAAGGGCAGGAGAAUGAAGGAGAGGGGAAGAAAGGCGGGUCUCUUGAUAGGAAGGCGGAGCUGGAGAAACUGGGCGGGGCUGAGCUCCACAGGAGACUGACCGAGGUCGAUCCUGAAAUGGCCUCCGUGCUGCAUCCUCACGACACGCGCAAGAUCGCCAGGAGCCUACAGGUGCAUGCGGAAACAGGCGUGCCUCACAGCCAUUGGUUGGAGGAGCAGAGAGGGCAGGAGGGGGGAGAUGUACUGGGGGGGCCACUGAGGUACCCAGACCCCUGUAUCUUCUGGUUACAUGCUGACAUGGAGUCCAUAGAUGAGCGCUUGGACAGGCGUGUGGAUGAGAUGCUGUUGACAGGCCUGAUAGACGAGCUCCGAGAUUUCCACCUGAGAUUCAACCAGCAGAAGAUUCAGGACCAGAGUCAGGACUACCAGCAUGGUAUAUUCCAGUCUAUAGGUUUUAAGGAGUUCCAUGAGUACCUGACCUGUCCUGAUGAGACGACACAGGAGGUCCGAGAGACACUCCGGAACCAAGGGGUAGAGAAUCUGAAGAUGGCUACUAGACGGUAUGCCAGAAAACAGAAUAAAUGGGUGCGUAAUCGCUUCCUCAAGAGACCAGGGGACAACGUCCCAGCGGUGUAUGGUCUGGAUGUGACUGACGUGUCACAGUGGGAGGAGACCGUCCUAAGCCCAGCCCUUCUGAUAUUGGAUCGUCUCACUAAGGGGGAGCGACCCUCCGUUGAGCCAAUGAGAGUGGAGGGGGCGGGGAAGAGGAACAAGCGAAGCCGUCACACCUGUGAGCUGUGUGACAAGGUGAUCAUAGGAGACCUGGAGUGGACAGCCCAUCUCAAGUCUAAAAAACACCACUAUCAUGUGAGGAAGAGGAGGAAGUCCGAGCCAGAACCUGAACCAGCCAGCGACCAGCCCCAGGGGACUACUCCACCUCCCACCCCUACUACAGAUGGCCCUACCCUGGCUAACUCCACUACUCUAGCCCCUGGCUCAGCUGAGGCCUGUGGAGAACCAGAGUCCCCAGGUACCAGUUCUACUGAGAAAGAAGCCCCAGUUCUAUAGGAGAACUAUAAGGCCCUAUGAUCAGUAUUGCGGGUGGGACAGAAGGCUUUUUGGCCUCAUCUUGUGACCUGCUUGUCGGAUUGACUCCUAUUAAAUCAGAAAGAUAAAAAGGAACAAUCAAGGAAACUUAAUCCAUUAAAAUUUUUAUUUUUUAUCUGAGGACAACACUGAGACCAGGGAUAAGUCGGUCUCUUGACGACAUCACCACUAUGACAUCAUCGCUCACGUCUAUGACUUCGUCAUUGUUUGACUCAUGGAGAGUUCAUGGAUUGGUCGGUUUGGUUCCUUGGAUUCUGAAGUGAAGUUGAAUUGUGACAGAACUCUCAAAUGGAAUCUCAGUUGAUGUUUUAAUAAGACCAAACCUUCUCUGUCCUCUUGUCAGGUGACCGUCUUGUAACACACUGUAUGGCACGGCUGUGUUUGCAACGAGAUGUACGUGUGUCUCCAUUGUAAUUAAAGAUACUUUAUUUUUUA